AUGGCAGCCGAAUCCGAAUCCAGCCACGGCCUGCUGCGCCGCGAUCUCGCGAAUCCGAACCACACCCAGCAGGUCACGCUGGGUGUUAUCGCAGCCUACGUCGUCGUCAUCGCCAUUCUCUGGAACGUCCCGUACGUCCGCAUGGUCCUCUGGCCGUUCAAGAUGCUUGUCAUUGCCUUUCACGAGUUCGGCCAUGCUAUCACUGCUGUUCUCACUGGUGGCAAGGUCAAGUCCAUCAGUCUCGACCCCAACGAAGGCGGCGUCACCCACAUGCUCGGCGGAAAAAGCGCCAUCACCCUGCCUGCUGGCUACCUGGGCUCCUCCCUUAUCGGCGCCCUCCUGAUCUUCUGUGGCUUCAACAUUGUGGCGAGCAAGGUUGCCAGCUUCGUUCUCGGCGGCUGCUUCCUCCUCACUCUGUGGUGGGGCAAGCGUGAUUGGCUUACUAUCAUGACCGUCCUCCUUGCUGUCGGCUUGUUAAUUGCAUGCUGGUUCAUCUCCCACGCCCAGGCCCUGCGCUUCGUCGUCCUGUUCAUCGGCGUCAUGUCCUCCCUCUACAGCGUGUGGGAUAUCUGCGACGAUCUCAUUCUUCGUAAAGUGAACUCCUCCGACGCCAGCGUCUUCGCUAAGCGCUACGGCGGCUCCUCGCAGUGCUGGGGUGUCAUCUGGUCCAUCGUCUCCGUCAUCUUCAUGGCGGCUGGAAUCGUCGCUGGCCUGGCCGCCUUUUCCCAGUCCUUCUCCGAGCAGGAGAAGGAUUCUCAGAAGUUCAUCCCCACCUGA